UUCACUCACAUGUCAAGUUUCACUUCUAUUGUAUUUUUUUUCUAUAUAAGGAGAAAUUCAGUUAUAUGUUUAUAAUUAAAAUAAUUUGAUCUGUAACAAAAAAUAGACAAAGAUCUUGAGUAGAAGUAAUGGCAGCAUUCGGUUACGCGUACCGCAGCGUCUCCACUUACAGUACCACCCGAACUGGUUCGGGUGAGCCUUCUGUUAUAAAACCAUUUGCUCCUUUCGUUCCCAAGAGUAACGGUAGUAACUACUCAGAAGGUGCUGUUACCAAAAAAAUAGUAGUACCAGUCACUAGCAGACCUUAUGAUGAACCUGCAGCAGAAAAAUAUGCCUCUUCGGGAGAUGAGUCUGAAGAUGAAUUUCAUCAUCGAACAAGCCCUGACCGUAGCUCAUACCGUAAAGAUGUUGAUAAGUUCCCGGCCAAGGUGCAGCAGAAUCAUGAAGGUGGACGUAAUCCUCAAAGAUUGGGACCAAUUGUUGAUCGCGGUCGACAUAGUCCACAGCCAACCGCUGAAGGACGCAAGCCAAUUGGAAUCAGUCCAAUUAAGAUUGACCAUCGUUCAGCGGUAGGGGAUCCAAAUCCGCACAAAGAAGGGCGUAAACCAUUUGGAGGAGAUAGUAGUGUAAGGAGGGGACAUGAUGGCUAUGAUAAUAAUGGAUAUGGUAGUGAUAAAGGACACAAGCCAAUUGAAAAUGGCAUUAAAAGUGGAAGCUACGAUAGUCCUAAGAGGUACAGUGGGGAUCAUGGUGCAGCAGUUGUAGGAGAUCCAAAUCCUUAUAAAGAAGGACACAAACCAAUUGGAACGGGUAGCUUAAGGGGAGGUAGCUUAAGAGGAGGUAGCUUAAGGGGAGGUAGCAUAAGGGGAGGUAGCUUAAGGGGAGGUAGCUUAAGGGGAGCUCGCGAUGGCUAUAACAACGGAUAUGGUGGUGACAAAGAAGGAAGCAGGCCAAUUGAAAGUAACAUUAAGAAUGGCAACUAUGAAUAUGAUAGUCCUAAUAGGUAUGGUGGUGACCACCGCGGAGCACCAGUCGUAGGAGACCCGAGUCCUUACAAAGAAGUGCAGAAACCUAUUGGAGGAGGUAGCAUAAGGACUAGUCGCGAUGGAUAUAACAAUGGUGACAAAGAAGGAUACAAACCAAUUAUUAGAAGUAACAUUCAGAAUGGUUACUAUGAUAGCCCUAAUGGAUAUGGUGGUGACUACAAAGAAGCGCACAAACCUAUUGGAGGAGGUAACAUUCAGAAUGACUACUAUGAUAGCCCCAAUGGAUAUGGUAGUGACUACAACAAAAAAGAAGGGUACAUGCCCAUGAGGAAUGGAAACUAUGGUAACAGUAAUGGUAAUGUGCCAAAAAUUAGUUCAGAUUGGAGUGCAGGACCUAGAAAAGGGAUCCAACUAAGCGAGCCAACGCAUGAUAUUGACAAGGCUUUGGAAUUGUUGAGGAUCGAAGCUGCAAAUCGUGAUCGCCACCAUGAAAGCAACAAUGAUCAUCAUCCCUACUACAAUAGUCCAAGUCCAACCGCUUUGGACAAGUGGAAUGCACCAGCACCAGGUAAUGGUUCUCCUCGCUUUACUGAUAGGACGGGUUCUGCAGGUAUCAUGAAGCCUCAUGGAAAUGUUAAUCAGCUUCAAUCACGACCACGCAAUUCACCAAUACAUGUCACAUUCGUUGAUGAUGUUAGAGAUUAUGGUGAUGAUGAUUAUUACAGAAGAGGUGAUUUAGGACGUUAUGGAUACCGUGAUGCAGUCAUCGACAGUAGGGAGGCUGAGAAGAAGUUUAAGGGCACCAGGGUCUGAAAACCGAUUAACUACUACUUUACUAGCUAGUAAGAAUUAUAUGGAGUUGGUUUCUGUCAAAUAAUAGUAUUUUCUAGUUGAUCACGUUUUAUGGUUUAUGGUGUAUCGAUCCUGUGCACCAAUAUGUUUGACUAGUGAUUAAAGAGUCAAAGUUAUGUAAUGUAAAAUAUGUAAGGGUUGAAUGAAUGAAUGAAUAAAUAUGUGGAGUGCUUGUUUUAGGAAAUUUUUGCUUAUAGAUUACAUGCUUCUAGAACUCUACUGUGAUUAGGGAAAUUCAAUGAGGUUUGAUUGUCCUAGAAUCAGGAGAGUUGGAGCUUCUAGAACAUUACUAAAAAGCUUAAAUG